CCUCCUCCCUCUCCACCUCCUCAUUUCUGCUGACUGCUCAGCCUCUCCUCUCUCAUCUUCUCGCCUCACCCCUCUCUGGAUGCCAGUGCCUUCUAGUCAUGGAGCAGACGACAGUCACACACCAACCAGGACUGUCACUCAACGAAGCCUCAGAAUCAGCAGUUCAAGAAGAGGAAGUGAAGGACUUCACCACAGGAAGUGAAGACAGGUGGAGGACAAACAACGUCCCUGCAGCAACAGAUCUAGUACUCACCCAGCCCGGGCUCGGCGUCACCACGACAACCAUCACCACCAUCACGCAGACAGGAGGAGGCUGGAGCACUGGCCUGUUUGACAUCUGUGGAGACAAGACUACAUGUAUUCUCGGGGCUCUGGUGCCGUGCUGUUUAGACCUGAGUUUAGCUCACCAGUACGGUGAGUGUCUGUGCAUGCCUCUCUUACCAGGAUCCACUUUUGCCCUACGAGUCGGGAUCAGAGAGCGGUACAAGAUACGGGGAAGUGCGUGUGAGGACUGGACCACAGUGUAUUGCUGUUACCCUCUGGCAGUAUGUCAGAUGAUAAGAGAGAUGAAGCGACGGUUGAAGACUCAGACGUAUCAUGUGUCCACUGCCCUCGAGUGCUCCUGAGUAGAUGAGGCUUUUCUUUUUACAGUGCAACAGAGACCGUUGAGGAUCAGCUGAGAUCACUGGUAUGAAUAGCUUGGAGAAUCAAUGCUAAAGGUUUGAACUUACUGUUAACAGCCCCUGAAGAAUGCCUGGGACAAUAAAUCAAGCGUACAAUGUUCAAAGAAGACUGGAAAGGAUGAACCUUGAUUAAUAGGGUACAACAACGAGAAGAAUCGCGGCUGUUAGGUUUUGAACUUGUGUGUAGGGCUUAAAACUGCCUUAGAAGUUGUUAAAUCAGCCUUUAAACUGCUGUUGGACUUCUGUUUAGAGAGGAUAUCAUGACUAUAUUGUGCUUUUCUUGCAGAGACAAGAAUUCAUUAAUUGCAUUUUGACUUGAGUGAAAAGCAGGUGGCAAGACACGUACGUAUUUGGUUUCAGUAGCCGUCAUUGUAAGCAAAACAUCUGGCAUAGUUAUGGCAACUACUGAAACUGCCAUGUGAGCAGCUUUAGCUGAGGUCAUAAUCAAAGUCAUUGAAACAUAUAGAACUUUAUUGAACAAUAACAUCUUUGACGGAUCUCUUUCAGAGCUCAGUUCACCCAAAUCCUCAUAAUACAUUUUAUCACGCACACUGCUAAUGGUAUCUAGGCAUGCGUAGUUUCAGUUGUAUUGUGGUCACCUCAGUAUAAUGGAGGUAAACUCAACUCAACUCAAAACAGUGAACAUUUGGAUUUUUGAAAAAGCUCGCUGGUAAGGACUAUUUCUCAGAUAGAAAGUGGUACAAACGAGGUCAUCUUUAUCUGAUUUGUGUGAAGCGACCCCUUUAAUUCUGUCUCGCAUGCCAAAGGUCACCAGACGCAUUAAUAUCUACAGUCCUCCUCAGACAUGAGGGGAAGAUGAAGCGAGGCUUUCCCGACCUUGAGGCACAAAUUGUGCAAUGGGGACUCAACAUUAGGGACAAUAUCAGAAUAGUAAUAAAUCUUAUUUUCAGUUUCACAUUUAGAACCACAUUAAACUAAAGCACAGAAAAGAUGCAUACCACUUCAGUUUGAUUUACACAGUCAUUUGGUCCCUCAAGUAAGCAUUAAUGCUUUUGAGGGUUGAUUUAUUUGCAUGGGAUGAGACAAGUGUGAGAGUCCAUUCAGUAUGCAGGACCACCUGUUUUACCCGGGUGGUCCGGCUCAGAUUACAGUCAACAGUUUAAGUACAGUCUGAUGAUAAUAAAACCUAUUUCCAUAUUUCUGUUAUUCUUUUAUCCUUCUAUUCCUUGGUUCACCCUCAGGCAUUCAAUCAUAUUAUUAAUCCAGUUCUUCCCUGAACCUGAAAUACCAACCAGCAAGAACGGAUAUGAAAAUGUUAUUUAUACACAAAGCAGAUGGGUCCUCAAAGGGCAAAUAUAUAAUUUGUUAACUUCAACGGAUGUGGUCCCCGCACCUGCCAGCUGCCUCAAAUGAAUUGGUGGGGAAAAGAGAAAUUGGUUUGGUGUCAAAAAAGAGAGAUGUGAAUAAUAAAACCCAAUCAUAUUGUACAUACAGCACACA